UAUGGGCAUUGAGAGUGUAGUUGAUGGGAAGAACAGUGGAAGAACUACUGGUCUACGUGAUGCUACGUGCGCUGCUUGUGAAAUGGCAGUUGUGUGGAUGCAAAACCAGCUUAGGCAGAACCAGACUCAAGAUCGUAUAUUGACCUAUGUCAAUGAGCUUUGUGAACGACUUCCUAGCCCGAUGGGAGAAUCGGCUGUUGAUUGUGCGAGCAUUUCUUCAAUGCCUACUGUUUCCUUUACCAUUGGCAGUAAAGUUUUUGACCUCCCACCAGAGGUGGUAAGUACAGGCAAUGUUUCUUAUAAUAAUUAGGCUAUCUGCAUCCAU